UUUUUCCUCUUCCCUAAUCCCCAUCCCUCUCGAGACUCCAGUCCAGUCCAACCUCCCGUCGACCAUCAUGUCUACUGCUGAGCUCGCUUGCUCCUACGCGGCCCUCAUCCUCGCCGAUGACGGCGUCGAGGUCACCGCCGACAAGCUCCAGACCCUCAUCUCUGCCGCCAAGGUUCCUGAGAUCGAGCCCAUCUGGACUUCCAUCUUCGCCAAGGCUCUCGAGGGCAAGGACAUCAAGGAUCUCCUGACCAACGUUGGCUCCGGUGGUCCCGCCGCUGCCGCCCCCGCCGCUGCUGCCGGUGGCGCUGCUGCCCCCGCCGAGGCUGCUGAGGAGAAGAAGGAGGAGGAGAAGGAGGAGUCCGACGAGGACAUGGGCUUCGGUCUUUUCGACUAAAUGUCCUAAAUCCGCUUUUCAUUGGAUCUGGAUUCCCCCUCAUCACUUCCUUUCUGCUUCCUCGUUUCCUAUCAUCUUCCAUCUCCCUCUUCUCGCCCCCUCGCAUCUCCUGUACCUAACAAUUCUCGACCACACGAAGAUCAAAAUGGGAAAAUUAAAAGAACAACGAAUCAAACGGACAAUGGCUAUCCGGUGGGACUGGGCGCUCCGGCUUGCAUGAUGGGCUUUUCGACGUGACAGAGGUACUGGACCCGGAUGACGCUAGGAUUCCGGGUCCCGUGGGAUCUUUAUAGUCAAAAGUUUGUACGGAGGGCUGUUCCGUACUCGUUUUGAUCUCUAUGUCGUGUUAUUCUUGUUGCUUAGCUACGUUUCGAGCUUAGGUGCCCCAGCUCUCCUGCAAUGUCUGUCAUGCGACCAUGAGCAAAACCUCGUCC